AUGAGUCGACGUGUAUGGCAAUUGCUUAUAAGUUUAUUGAGCCUAUUAACGGUCAUAACUUGUUCAAGUUCUCAAGCGAUAAGGUUGACAGAAGAAGCACUUAAGUAUGAUAAUAACAUUAUACAAAUUAGUAACAGUGAUUUAUCAUUAUUUUCAGGUCCUAGAGAUUAUUCUACAGUCCUUAUAUUAACAUCUACUAAUAGAAAUCAUGUAUGUGCAGUUUGUAUGGAUCUUGAAAAAAUUGUAAGUCAAGUUACUAAAUCUUGGUAUAGUGAUUAUUUACAUACUAAUCUGUUAUUCUUUGCAAAUAUUGAUCUUAUUGAUGCAAGUAAUUCAAAGAUAUUCCAAUAUCUUGAUAUUAAAAAUAUUCCUCAUAUAUGGUUAAUACCUCCUAAUGAAUCAAUUGAUUUUGCUGAUAGUGAAAUAGAAAACUUUGAAUUUAAAAUAUUAGAUGAUGGACAUUUUGUAUUUCAAGUACCUAUUGCUAAAAUUGAUGAUCAAGUAAUGGAAUUAGCUCGAUUCUUAACUCAAAAUUUACAAAAGAGUAUUACGGUUCGUGAACAAAGUCCAAUUUCAACUUUUGUAAAGACAUUUGCAGUUACAUUCUUUGUCAUCUUAAUAAUUAAGAAGAAUGGACCAAGUAAAUUUAGGAAUCUUCCUAAGAAAAAUGCUUUAACAAUUAUAUUAAUAAGUUUAAUGUUAGUAUGUCUUGGAGGAUAUCAAUUUACUAUUCAACAUGGUACACCUUUUGUAGCUAAAGGUCAUAAAGGUCAAAUUAUAUUUAUUAGUGGGGGAACUCACUAUCAAUUUGGAGUUGAAAUCUUAAUUGUUGGUAUUAAUUAUACGACAUUAGCAUUUGCCUUAGUUAGUCUUAUUCAUUUGGGUAAUUAUAAAGUUACAUCUACAUCUUUGAUUAAGAGUAAUAAAUCAAGAUAUAUUAUCAUUAUGGUCAUCAAUAUAUUGUUAUAUAUUUUAUAUAGUAGCUUGACAAGUAUAGUGUUGAGAAAAGAUCAUGGAUAUCCCUAUGCCUUUAGCAAACUAUUCUAA